AUGCGUGCCGCCCUCUCGACUGCGGCCCUGCUUCUGGCAGGCUCCGUGGCUGCUCAGACAAGGACGGCGCCCGUCACGACACCUGUGGCCAGCCGGUCGGCUACAGUCUCGACUAUGUCGGCGACUACCACAUUCACUGCCGUAUCAGAAUGCCACCCACACAAGACUGUUCUUUGGUGCAUGGCUGAUGGCAAGGAGUACCAGGUAUCUGGGCCAACGGCCACAGAACAAUUCCAGGCACAGUACACAGACUGUCACUCGCACUCGUCUGAAAUGUAUUGUGUGGACAAGGCUGGCAAAGACGUAAAGAUUCUGACCGGUGGCGCAAGCGACGAGUCGCACAGCAACGGAGAACCGCAUAGUGAAACCCCCGCAAAUGGCGCAGCAGACCAGCCACAGAACAAUGGGCAGCACUGCCACGAGCACGCUGGUAUCCCGCACUGCGUCGGUGGAAGCUCCGGUCCAGUCUGUGACGCCCCUAACCGUAACUACCACAUUGGUCUUCGAGUCGGCCUUCUCUUCGUUAUCCUCGUUACCAGCGCCAUUGGAGUGUUCACUCCCAUCCUCACCAGAAAGUUCAACCUCGUCGGCGACAACAACAUUAUUUUUGUCGUCUUGAAGCAGUUUGGUACUGGCAUCGUCAUCUCGACUGCCUUCAUCCAUCUCUUCACUCACGCCCAACUCAUGUUUUCGAACGAAUGCCUUGGCAGGCUCGCAUACGAAGGCACUACGGCGGCCAUCUUCAUGGCUGGCCUAUUCCUUUCCUUCUUAGUUGACUACCUUGGUGCGCGCUUUGUACAGUGGCGCCAGGGCAAGCAUGUUGCUAGUAGUAGUACCGAGGUUUCCAUUGCUGCAGGGGGAGACAAGACCACCGGGGGUUCCUCCGCCCCUAGCUCGAACCACGAAUUUAGCCACAGCCAUGGUCAUGCGCACGGGCCCAUGCACCAGACUACUCCCAUGGAAGAGAAGAUUAAUGUCAUGAACCUUGAGGCUGGUAUCAUCUUCCACUCUAUCCUCAUUGGGAUAACACUUGUUGUGGCUAGUGAUGGCUUCUUUGUUACCCUCUUCAUUGUCAUUCUUUUCCACCAAAUGUUUGAAGGAAUCGCUCUUGGAACCUGCAUUGCUGAGCUUCCCGCGGCCGCGGCCGGUACACUACAGAAACUCAUCAUGGCGGGUACAUUUGCGCUCAUCACGCCCAUUGGUAUGGGCAUUGGUAUCGGCGUGCUCGAUCAUUUCAACGGCAGUGACCCCAGCACUUUGAUUGCCAUUGGAACACUCGAUGCUCUUUCCGCUGGAAUCCUCACAUGGGUCGGUAUCGUGGAGAUGCUGGCCAGAGACUGGAUGCACGGCAAGCUGAUGAGCGCAGGCCCAGUCAGGACUGUCUCUGCGAUGGCUGCCUUGGUUGCCGGACUAAUUCUCAUGAGCGUUCUUGGCAAGUGGGCCUAA